CGUGGAUGAGGCAACCCUGUCCCACCAUUGAUUAGUAGAGACUCAGCACAACCCCCCAUACGGAUAGACAUAAACGAACCAUGUCCGAGUCCAGCCACGCCCAGAAGUACCGAUUAAAAGUGACCGCAGGGUCCGAGUACAGCCCGGACACGCAUCGCAUCGUGCCCGUCAACGAAGACAGAACGCUACGGAUUGACAACGAACACGCCACCAUCAGCCUCUGCGUGCGCAUUCAAGACUACACCGGCUACCCCGACAACUCCCCCCCAACCCACCCCUACUUCACGCACCCCCUCCACACCUCCGACCAAUACUCCAUCUCCUUCGCCAUCGUCUUCAAACACCCCGUCCCCGGCCCCGACCUCCUCUUCGGCAACAACUUCGACCGCCCCAUCCGUGACCGUCUGCCCCCGGGCUUCAACGCCGCCCUGCGCCUCGUCCGCUGGUCCAUCGACCCCACGCUUGACGGCGACGCCUACGCCGACCAGCCGUACCUGUUCAGUCCGGCGCUGGCCACGUGGAAUCAGUUCCGGGUUGGGGAGAAGGUGCGGCGCGACGACGAGGUUCCAGUCUUGCAUGGCGCGGGGGUCGUCGAGGAGGGGGCGGAUGGGGAUGGGGUUGCGGUGCGAGAGGGACUGGGGGUCCCUGGCGAUGUAGACGGACGGAGGAAGUGGUUUCAGGAGGAGGAGAAGAGAGCGGAGUUUGUGUUUGAGGAGGGGAGGGUUUAUUGGGUGGAUUUUGGGAAUCCGUAUUUGGGGUUUAAUGAUUUCUCGUUGCGUCUGCCCGGCUUCAAUCUGCAUGUUUUGCAGUAUAUUGAUGAGGAUCAUCAUGCGUUGCGGUAUGUGUUGAAGAAUAAGGCUACGGAUGAGGUUUAUCUGGUGGUGCUGUUUACGUUGGUGUUGCAGGACUCGCAGGAGGAGCCGAUGCAUCGCGAGUGGGCAGCGCAGGAGAAUCAGAAGAGUAAGGAGGAGCAUGAGAAGGGGAAUGGGAAGUUGGGCAGGUUUGAGUGGGAGGCCGAGCCGAGGGCUGAUGAUGUUGAUUAGAUCGGGGUUGAUCUUAGAUGGGUGUACUAUGUGAUGCUGGGUAGCUACAAUGAUUGUAUAGUCAAGUCACAAAU